AUGUGGGAGGUUUGUAUCUUCAAGACUGACCCUUGGAGGAUCGGUAUCCCUUGCUUGAAAAUUCAACUAUUUACUUGUGCACCUUGUAUUGCUUACUUUGGAGGACAGCGCAGUCAGUUUUUGGACGCGUCAAUGUUGAAAUUACCAUCGUCUCAGAUCCAAUUCAUACCAAAAUAUGCAUUUUCAACUUCAUCGGGAAAAGGUUCGUCAGACGAUGAUAGUGGUAUCGAUCCAGAUGGCUUACCUACUUCAAAUACACAUGAAUCUGAUCCAUCAUCUACGCCACUUCCUCCUGCAGUUCCACCAUUAGCAUUGUCUCCACAAAAUAUCCCAGAGAAUUUCCCUAUUGUACCGGUGAUUGCAAUAUCUGGUUCACCGUUAUUCCCAAAAUUUGUUAAAAUGAUUGAGAUCACUGAUUCACGUCUGAUAAGUCUUAUUCGUCGAAAAAUCAAAUUGAAUGCUCCAUAUGCGGGAAUAUUUUUAAAGAAACCAAAUACAGAACAGUCAGAUGUCGCAAAUAGUAUGGAUGAAUUGCAUCGAGUUGGCACAUUUGUACACAUUCCUGAAUGGGAUGAUUUAGGCUCGAAAAUUCGUCUACUAGUUAUUGGACAUCGUCGCAUUGAACUGAUUCGUCCAGUUGUAGAGGAUAAUGUAGAAGAAGAGGUCAGCUUGCCAGCAGUUGGGAAACGUAACAGUUUAGUUCGACGCGCUAAACGUGCAGCGGUCAAAAUCACAGAAUCUUUAAGUUCUAAACCAUCAAAUAAUCAAACAUCAUCAUCAUCACCAUCUUCGGAAGAUACAACAUCUAUAAAAGGUGAAAAUCAGUCAGAUAGCAACACUAGUGGUGGGUUUAGUAGUAGUGGUAGUUCCCGUGCUUCCACAAUAUUGGAUAACGUUGAACUUGGUGCUUCUUCACCAGUUUUAAUUGGUGAAACAAUUAAUCUCUAUCAUGAUCUGUAUGAAAAUACACAAGAAAUUAAGGCUUUAAGCGCUGAAAUUGUAAAGACAAUCCGAGAUAUAAUUAGUCUUAACCCUGUGUAUCGAGAAAAUGUUCUUGCGAUGCUCCAAGCUGGACAACGUGUUGCUGAUAAUCCUGUAUACCUCAGCGAUUUAGGAGCCGCAAUGUGUAGUGCCGGUGAUACAGAAGAAUUACAAGCAGUUUUAGAAGAAAUGAAUAUUCAUAAACGUCUUCGAUUAUCAUUAAAUUUAGUUAAAAAAGAAUAUGAAUUAGGUCGACUUCAACAACAAAUAGGUCGUGAAGUUGAAGAGAAAGUUAAACAACAACACAGACGUUAUAUGCUUUCAGAACAAUUGAAAGUAAUUAAAAAAGAACUAGGUUUAGAGAAAGAUGAUAAAGAUACAAUUGUUGAAAAGUUUCGUAUGCGUUUAAAGGAUUUAACUGUUCCAUCUGGUGUUAUGGAAGUGAUCGAUGAAGAAUUGAAUAAAUUAAGCGUUUUAGAUAAUCACUCUUCAGAAUUCAAUGUAACACGUAAUUAUUUGGAUUGGUUAACUGCACUACCUUGGGGUGUAACAAGUGAAGAACAUUUAGAUAUUGGACAAGCAAAGAAAAUUUUAGAUGAAGAUCAUUAUGGAAUGGAUGAUGUGAAAAAACGUAUCCUGGAAUUCAUUGCUGUUAGUCAAUUGAAAGGUUCAACACAAGGCAAAAUUUUAUGUUUUUGCGGUCCACCUGGAGUUGGUAAAACCAGUAUAGCUAAUUCAAUAGCUCGUGCAUUAAAUAGAAAAUAUUUUCGUUUUUCUGUCGGUGGAAUGUCUGAUGUAUCCGAAAUCAAAGGUCAUAGACGUACUUAUGUUGGUGCUAUGCCUGGGAAAAUUAUUCAAUGUCUUAAAAAAACUAAAACUGAAAAUCCACUCAUUUUAAUCGAUGAAAUUGAUAAAUUAGGUCGUGGAUGGCAAGGUGAUCCAGCUAGUGCUUUAUUAGAAUUACUUGAUCCAGAACAAAAUGUUAAUUUCCUUGAUCAUUAUCUUGAUGUUACAGUAGAUUUAAGUCGUGUAUUAUUCAUUACAACAGCAAAUCAAUUAGAUACAAUUCCAGAACCAUUAAGAGAUCGUAUGGAAGUGAUUGAAGUAUCCGGUUAUGUUGAAGAAGAAAAAUUAGCCAUUGCAAAACGUUAUCUUCUUCCAUUGGCUACUCGAAAUUGUGGUCUAGAUGAUAAUCGUCUUUUAAUUGAUGAUAAUGCAAUAAAACGUUUAAUUAAACAAUAUUGUCGUGAAAGUGGUGUACGUAAUCUACAAAAGCAUAUUGAAAAAAUUGUUCGUAAAGUUGCUUAUCAAUUAGUCAAUGCAGAGAAAGAUCCACCAAUUCUAGUCAAUAGUGAUAACUUAACCACAUAUGUUGGUCAACCAAUUUGGACAUCAGAUCGUUUGUAUGAUUCUAUCACACCACCUGGGGUUGUUAUGGGUUUAGCUUGGACAUCAAUGGGUGGUUCUGUUCUAUAUAUUGAAUGUACUAAUAAAAAACCGAAAUAUUUCUACCAAUCUACCAAUACUACUGAUUCACACAGUGAUAGUAGUAGUGAUUCAGAGGAAGUAUCUAAUAAAAAAGGGAUUUUACAAGUAACCGGAAGUUUAGGAAAAGUUAUGAAAGAGUCUAUAUCUAUCGCUCAUACAUUUGCUACACAAUUUGCUGCUUCCGGUGCUCCAUGCUUUUCUACAAUUACUAUUACUGAUAAUGAUAAUGCUGGUAAUAAUAAUAAUAAUCAAGAACAGUGUAUGCUUAAUCCAACAGAAUCUUCAAAAGCAGCUUUAUUCCUUCAAGAAUCUGAUAUUCACUUACAUGUUCCUCAAGGUGCUACACCUAAGGAUGGUCCAUCUGCUGGAGUAACUAUGGUAACGGCUUUGUUAAGUUUAGCAUGUGGUAAACCUGUUCGUCCUAAUCUAGCUAUGACUGGUGAAAUAAGUUUAACUGGUAAAGUUCUACCAGUCGGUGGUAUCAAGGAGAAAGUAAUCGCAGCUAAACGUGGUGGUAUAACAACUAUCAUUUUACCAGAAGCAAAUCGUAAAGAUUAUGAUGAUUUAGCAUCGUUUAUCAAAGAUGAUUUACAAGUUUAUUUUGUUCAACAUUAUAAAGAAAUUUUCCCAGUGGCAUUUUCACAAACCUAA